CGUCCCUCCGCCUUGCGGCAGGCUCGUCCUGUCCUGCAGCACCGCCCGGCACCCCUGCCACUAGCUCUGUCACCAGCUCUAGCCCUCAGCCUGGGAACGGUUUCCUUCCCCUCACCCGGCAGCAACAGCCCUCAGUUUCCAUCACCACCGCUCUGAUGGAGCAAGCGGACUGAGUUCAAUGGAAGGCUUCUGCCGGAUGGUGACGCUUUUACAAGGCUCCUUGUCCCCUCACUUUGAUUGUCACUCCCCACCCCACUGGGCACCAGAGGUGUGCCCGCCGGCCGGAGCUGCAUUCCCUGCUGGGGUGGGCUUUGCGGGGCUGGCCACACCUGGAGGGUCGGAGCCGCCCAUCCCUUUCCCGUGGUCCCGCCCCAGCUGUUCCAGCUGCCCGCACUCGGGACCGGGAGAAGGAAGCGCUGGCCGAGAUCCUUCCCGGAUCAUGUGAUGGUGGAGCCACGUCCAACCUCGUCCCCAUCGCGGGCCCGCUGAGCCCCCGGCGAGGAUGGCACUGCCGGCCCUGGGCCUGCUGCUGGCAGCGGGGCUCCUGCACACGCAGGCCUCCCCUUCAGCACGCUCCUUCCAGCUGGAUUACGAGCACAACUGUUUCCUCAAGGACGGUGCCCCUUUCCGCUACAUCUCGGGCAGCAUCCACUACGCCCGCGUCCCGCGCCCUGCCUGGAGGGACCGGCUGCUCAAGAUGUACAUGAGCGGGCUCAGCGCUGUGCAGGUCUACGUCCCCUGGAACUACCAUGAGACACUGCCAGGAGUUUAUGACUUCACUGGGAACCGGGAUGUGGAGGCCUUCCUGGACCUGACAGCUGAGCUGGGACUUCUGGUGAUCCUGCGGCCGGGGCCCUACAUCUGUGCAGAGUGGGAGAUGGGUGGCUUGCCUGCCUGGCUGCUGUGGAAGCCAGACAUCAUCCUGCGCACUUCCAACCCUGCCUACCUGGCAGCUGUGGACUCCUGGCUCCAUGUUCUGCUGCCCAAGAUCAAGCCACGCCUGUACCACCAGGGAGGGAACAUCAUCAGUGUGCAGGUGGAAAAUGAAUAUGGGAGCUACUACGCCUGUGACCAUGGAUACCUGCGGCACCUGCUGGGCUCCUUCCGGGCGCUGCUGGGCAGCGAGGUGCUGCUCUUCACCACGGACAGCACGGGAGCCCAGGAGCUGCGCUGCGGCACCCUGCAGGGGCUCUACGCCACCGUCGACUUCGGGCCAGGAUCCAAUGUGACAGAGGCAUUUGGUGCCCAGCGCCGUGUGGAACCGAGGGGGCCCCUGGUAAACUCUGAGUACUACACAGGUUGGCUGGACUACUGGGGCGAGGCACACGCCAGCACCAGCGCAGCGUGGGUGGCCCGGGGGCUGGAGGACAUGCUGCAGCUGGGAGCCAGCAUCAACAUGUACAUGUUCCAUGGAGGGACGAAUUUUGCCUACUGGAGUGGUGCUGACUACAAGGGCCAGUACAAACCAGUGACCACCAGCUAUGACUAUGAUGCCCCCCUGUCGGAGGCAGGAGACCCCACUGAGAAGCUGUUUGCCAUUCGCACGGUCAUCAGCAAGUUCCAGCCCCUGCCAGUGGGCCCGAUGCCACCUGCCACCCCCAAGUAUGCCUAUGGCUGGGUGGCCCUGCGCAAGGUGAGUGCCCAUCCUGAUGGCCGUACUGCCCCAGCAUGGCGCUGCUCACCUGCCCAGCACCCAUCCCUCUCUUUGAAGUAUGCUGACCUCCUGGAUGUCUUGGAUGUGCUGUGCCCCUCUGGGCCCAUUCAGAGCCAGUUCCCUCUCACCUUUGAGGCCCUAAAGCAGGUCCAUGGCUUUGUGGUGUACCACACACAGCUGCCCUGGGAUGUCCCAGACCCAGCCACGCUGGGUGCUCCUCCCCACAGCAUCUGUGACCGUGGCUACGUGAUGCUGCAGAAGGAGUACCAGGGAACGCUGGAGCGGGACGGGCAGACCACACUGCAUGUAACGGGCAGGGCAGGGGACAGCCUGGACAUCCUCAUGGAGAACAUGGGCAGGAUCAGCUUCGGGGCCAACACCAGUGACUUCAAGGGCUUGCUGGGAAACCUCUCACUGAACUCCAGGCCUCUCAGCAACUGGCUGAUCUACCCCCUGGCCAUAGACACCGCAGUCCAACAGGGCUGGCCCCACACUGCUCUGCCAAAAUCAAGCAGUGGGGGCCGAGUGGGGCCAGCCUUCUACACUGGGACCUUUGAGACACCUGGCAUUGCCUGGGACACCUUUGUGAAGUUCCCAGGUUGGAGCAAGGGACUGCUGUGGAUAAAUGGCUUCAACCUGGGCCGGUUCUGGAGCUGUCGUGGGCCCCAGCAGACCCUGUUUGUGCCUGGCUCGGUGCUGCACGCUGGCCGCCCCAACAACAUCACAGUGCUGGAGCUAGAAGGGGCACCUCCCACGCCUCUCCUGCUCUUCCUUGACCAACCUCUUUACAACAGGACACUUGGCUGCAGCACCAUGGCCAUGGAGUAAACACUGCUGGGCACUG